AUGUUCGACACCCGGCGCCUGAUGUUCUGGCUUGACAGCAUCCCCGACGUAUACGACUUGCGAACGCUUGCCCCUCCCACCAACAAACGAAAAGCUGGGCAACAGGAGCCCAGUCCCCCAGCCUCCAACAAGACUUCAGAUACAAUGGAACGACAGACACCAAAGAGACGCAAACUCGCUGACCCGAACCGGACACCACGAGCGGCCGACUUUCCCGCACCUGCCUCGAGCGCAAGCUCCGUAUCAUGGUCCGAAUCUAGCGAAGGCGCCUCGCGAUCGAGCUCUCCAAAGAAGCAGAUGCUAGGUCUGCGACUGGAAGAGAAAGGACUGGAAUGUCGUCAACUUAACAUCGACACUGCGCCUCCCGCUGCAGUAGACUUGCUCAAUGUGAUUCGAGAGAUUGGGAGCGGCAUCGAAAUACUUCCCGAGGCCCAGAAGGAGACGAUUCUCAGCAGCCCUCAUGUCCAGGGCCAAAACACACGACUAUGGAGGUUUGCCUUUAAAGAGGCGGGCGAGUUGGAUACUCUACCUGGACGUGUUCCUCCUCCAGACGAGAUCUCUCUUAUCUGCGAUCACGCCCGGCAAUGCCACGACAAGAGUCAUGAGGAGUUCUCUUGGAACGUGGAGGUACACCACCGUCUUUUACAGGCCAUCUUGAGGGAGCCGGGGACUUGUAAGGGCAGACCAUUCAACUAUUCAACCUGCACCACCGCCCGACCCCAUCGCAAAUACGUCCCAUACUCCUCGACAGCCAAAAUGGUCGACUUUUGCCUCUACCUCGACGAUGAAACCGACACUGCAGCACUCCAAGCCCUCGGUCGCCGAACCCCAACAUUGACUGUUAACCACACCGACUUUGCGCCCGUGCAACUGACGCCCAUUGUCCUGAGUAUCGAGACUAAGCGCCCGGGAAAGGAACUCGACGCGGCUCAGUUGCAAAUGGGAGUUUGGCAUACAGCCCAAUGGGCAUUCCUCGAAUCCGUCAUUGGCUUGACGACACGGCCUCUAUCGGUUGAAGAGGAGAUACUGCGAAGACAAAAGGCGGACGCAGCACUCUCAGAGCUGGGGCUUAUUCCGGGAAUCAUCAUACAGGGACAUCGCUGGCACUUUGUCUUUUCGACGCGCGAGGGCAAAAAGACUGUUUUAUGGACGGAGCGACAGUUUGGAACAACACAAAGCAUCCUGGACACAUACUCUGUCGUUGCUGGCAUCCGUGAGCUUUCACGAUGGGCUAGGGAUGUCUAUGUACCCUGGUUUCGGAAGAACGUUCUAUCUGGAUUUCGAGUUGAGGAGGGAUGA